GAAACUCCGGCGGAGGCUUUGGGUGAAUGUGUUGAGUCUGAGAAAUGCAAAUGGGGUGAAAUCAGUCCGACGGAGUUUGAAUUUUGUUUCAGGUCUGACAGGAGAAGGAUGCACCACAUCAGUGCCCAUGUCAGUGCCAAUGUCUUCAAUGAAUGCACACUCUAUCGAUUAUCAAGAUAGUAGUGCAAGUGGAGUACACAACUUGUCUAGCUUGAAUGGAGGGGGAUCACCAGCAAUGCAUGCCGGAAUGAGCUUGCAAACAAGAAUGCCGCUUGAUCGUGGUCAAUCAACAAGCCAGAAUACAGCAUGGAUUGAGAACCCCCGAAAUUCAACCAUCAAUCCUCAAUUACUUGGAAGAGGAUAUGCAACCAUAAAUCAUGUUCCAGGGGAGUACAGAGGAAAUCCAGGAAUCCCAACACCAUAUCCUCAAUUUCAAGAAAGAGGAUAUAGAAGCAUAAACCAUGUUCAGCGGGAGCUUAGAGGAAAUCCAGAAAUCCCAACAACACCACAUCAGCCUUCUAGAAAUGGGAUUGUGAGGGACAAUCUGAACAGCCUGGCUGCAAGCAGUGACAUAAGGUUUAGGAAUGGCCUUAACGGUUCUCUUUCUGAUUUGCUACUGCAAGUUGCAAGGAAAGAUCAUGAUGCCAAUAAAAAAAGGAAAUUAGAGGAGCAGAACCAACUUCCAUAUAAAGCCCCGAAGAAUUGGAAUUUGAAUCAUGUUGGGCAGACUAGACCAAGUCAAUUCACAUUUGCAGAUGCGCAGCGUUUUCUAGCUAUAGAGAAAAUGAAAGCUUCAGAUGUUAUGGUAGCAUCUCAUCCAAUAGGAAGGAAUAAGAGCAUGAUAUCUAACAGAUCCUUUCAAGCCAAUAGUUUAAUGCUUGCCAUCAGUUCCACUGUGAACCACAAUCUGUUGACAAUGACUGAAAAUCCCUGUGGAGAUGGAAUUGUGAGCAGCAAAGAUCCAGUGACACCUGAAAAGCUAUCAUCGGGGUGUAACAGGGGACACGAUGGUGUCAUUCGGAAGCCACGAACUCCCAGAGGUAACAGAGCCACGGACAACAACGCUAAAGCAAAGACAAGAAACACUAAGGAGAAAUUUUCCCCCGGUUCUAGAUGUGACAAUGUCAAUGCCAAAAACACACCAGGACAUCAAGCUGAACUGCAAAACAAUGGCUCACUUCAUCAAAAAUAUGUUCAAAAAAUUCCAUGGGAAGCAGUAGUAAACCAUGAAAACUAUUCACACCGUUUGAAAAUCAGUUCCAUUCAAGACUGUCAGAGUAGUAGUGAUUUCCAAGAAUCAGCUCAUUCUACUGUCACUUCUUUCGGAUUCAUGCCAUAUAGGGAUCCUGUAGAUGAUAUUAUUCAAAAACUCACCCGUAUGAGCAUAAACAGGACCCCAGAGAGUGUUACAGUUGAAGAAAAGCAUGCCCUUGUUCCUUAUAAUGGAGGAGGAACAAUGGUUCCAUAUGAGGCCAAGAGAAGACGCCCGCGACCCAAGGUUGAUCUUGAUCCGGAAACAAGCAGGGUUUGGAGGCUUUUGCUGAUAAAGGAUAGUAUUGAUGGAGAUACUGAGCUAGACAAGAAUAAAGAGAAGUGGUGGGAAGAAGAAAGGCGAGUUUUCCAUGGCCGAGUAGAUUCAUUCAUUGCCCGCAUGCAUCUUGUCCAAGGUGAUAGACGAUUUUCCCCAUGGAAAGGAUCUGUUGUGGACUCAGUUGUCGGUGUGUUUCUUACACAAAAUGUGUCAGACCAUCUCUCAAGCUCCGCGUUCAUGUCUCUUGCUGCAAAAUUCUCAUUUAAAGCUGAUAACAAACCAAAUGUAGAAAAGGAGAGCAAACCUUUCAAACCAGAGCAUUGCAUUUCACCCUUUAAUGAUAUUAUCAAAUUCCAAGAACUGCAAGGGAAAGAGUUUAUUCAUAACAAUUAUAUUGUGACCCAUGAAGCAGAAGAUACCGAAGAACAACAAAUUGUUGACAGUCAUAAUUCACCUGGAACACAUCCCCAAGGUGAUGGCCUCGGAGGCUAUACUAAAGACAAGGGUAUAUUUUUCCAUGGAAGUGAGGUUAGAGCAAGCCAUCCAUCACCUGAUAGUAUGAUAGGCAGUCCAUUUACAGUCUCCCCAAGUUUAAGUUUGUCAGAAGCUGGAUUUGGAAGCUCACCAGAAGCUGCAGAUUCUAAGCAAAAGUCUGCAAUUUCAUCGCAGAAUUCUUCUGAAUAUCCAGCUCAAACAGUUGAUCAAAUAGGUGCAUGCUUAGAGUCCAACUCCAGAUCAGAAGAAUCAUCAAUUGAAAAUAUGCGCAAUUUCUUGGACGGUUAUACCUCAUUCACCAAUCUUUUGAAGAUGGCUGAAUAUACAGGAUUCCAAAAGUUUUACACUUCCAGCAAUGGAGGGAUAUCAUCUGAGUAUGGCAGCGUGGUCAACCAAUUGACAUGUACAGAAAGUGAAAAGGGAACUUCUAUCCUGGAUUUACUGGAUAACCCAGAUGGUGCAUGUUCAUCUGCAGUGAUGCCCAACAAUCCUGAUCAGGCAUGUCAUGAUUUCAUGGGUGUGACAUCCAAAUUUUCGACAUCUGAUCGUGAUUACAGCUCCACAAAUUUCAUGUCAGAAGAAAAGGCGCCUGCUUAUGGAUUAAUAGAAGAAAGAACUCAUCUUCCUUUUUCCCCACUGAACUUUAUGGCAAAUAAUAUAGCAGACAGAGAAUGCAUCACCUCUGUGGGAAAUAAAGCAGACAUUACUGAUAAACUGGAGUCAUCAACUUCAGAAACAACAACUUUGCUUGGUGCAUGCACACCACUAGAGAAGAUACCUCUGCACCAGCUAGAUGGCUCAACCAGAGAAAAUUGCUUUGACAAACAGCUUCCUGCUGAGGCAUUAGACACAGCAUUAAGCAAAAGCAUUUCAAUGGAGGAACCAAAAUCACAUGGUCAGUAUCUGACAAAAGGCAAACAAAUAAAUGAAGAAACAAGUGCUCUACGGGAAAUAUCUCAACCCACUGCUGCUGUUCAAACAAGAAAUUCAGUGGUAUAUCAAUCUCCAAAAAGUUCACCAAAUAAUACAGAACAGAAAGCACACAACCUUGGGGCAAUUGAAUCAAAAUCAAAUGCUGAUGUUAUCAUUUCAGAGAAGGCACCAGCAGAAACUGUGGUAGAUGGAUCAAACAGAAAAAGGUCAAGGGCUGAUUUAGAAAAAAAGAAAAGCUUUGACUGGGAUAGUUUACGGAAGCAGGUAUGUUGCGAAGACAUUCAAACAAAGCGAAGCAGUGAUAGAAUGGACUCUGUAGACUGGGAAGCAGUAAGGCUCGCUGACGUAAGUGAAAUAUCUGAAACCAUUAGAGAAAGAGGAAUGAACAACAUGCUGGCAGAGCGAAUAAAGGAUUUUCUCAAUCGGCUGGUUAGGGAUCAUGGGAGCGUAGAUCUCGAAUGGUUACGAGACGUUCCCCCUGAUAAAGCAAAGGAAUACCUUCUAAGCAUAAGAGGAUUGGGCCUCAAAAGUGUCGAGUGUGUCCGCUUGUUGACUCUUCAUCAUCUUGCUUUUCCUGUUGACACAAAUGUUGGCCGCAUCUCUGUACGAUUGGGAUGGGUACCACUUCAACCUCUACCAGAGUCACUUCAACUGCAUCUCCUAGAAAUGUACCCAGUAUUAGAAACCAUUCAGAAGUACCUCUGGCCAAGGCUAUGCAGGCUUGAUCAGCGCACACUGUAUGAACUACACUAUCAAUUGAUUACUUUUGGAAAGGUAUUUUGUACAAAAAGCAAGCCAAAUUGCAAUGCCUGCCCAAUGAGAGGAGAGUGUAAACAUUUUGCAAGUGCAUUUGCUAGUGCAAGACUUGCACUUCCAGGACCAGAGGAGAAAGGCAUAGUGAGCUCAGUGACUCCCAUUGCCAGUGAAAAUAACCAGAAUCCUGGCUUCAAUCCAAUACCCCUGCCUCAACUUCUUGAGGGGAAUAACCUCUCACAAGAAAGAAUUGUCAUGAAGAAUUGUGAACCUAUCAUUGAAGAGCCAGCAACACCAGAACCGGAAUUCAUAGAAACCUCAGAAAGUGCAAUUGAAGAUUAUUUUGAUGAAGAUCCUGAUGAAAUACCUGUUAUAAAGCUCAACUUGGAAGAGUUCACGCAAAACUUACAGAAUUUUAUGCAAGAAAACAAUUUAGAUAUUCAAGAAGGAGAUAUGUCCAAGGCUUUGGUUGCAUUAGCUCCAGAAGCAGCGUCUAUUCCCACGCCCAAGUUAAAGAAUGUGAGCCGUCUACGAACAGAGCACCAAGUCUAUGAGCUACCUGACGGACACCCUCUGUUAGAAGGCCUUGACAGAAGAGAGCCUGAUGAUCCAUGUUCCUACCUUCUUGCCAUCUGGACCCCAGGUGAAACUUCACAAUCAAAUGAACCGCCGAAAACAAGCUGCAACUCUCAAGAAACAGGCAAACUUUGUGACAGGAUAACAUGCUUUUCUUGCAACAGUGUACGAGAAGCACAAUCACAAAUAGUCAGGGCUACGCUUUUGAUACCAUGUCGAACAGCAAUGCGUGGAAGUUUUCCACUGAAUGGCACUUAUUUUCAAGUAAACGAGGUAUUUGCAGAUCAUGAAUCUAGUCACAACCCAAUUAAUGUUCCAAGGGAAUCUAUUUGGAAUCUGCCCAGGCGAACCGUUUACUUCGGAACCUCCAUACCAUCAAUAUUUAGAGGACUAUCAACAGAAGGAAUACAACACUGCUUUUGGAGAGGUUUUGUUUGUGUGAGAGGCUUUGAUCGGGUAACAAGAGCACCGAGGCCUCUUAGCAGAAGAUUGCAUUUUCCUGCCAGUAAAGUAACCAGGGACAAGCAGAAUGGACCAAAGAAAGAGGAGUAGCUUCUACUGAAGCAUUCAAGAAAACCUAACCAAGAACCAUCUGUUAGAGCAUGAACCAUUGACCAGGAACUUAUUGUACAUUAAUGGCUCCUCCAAGACGAGGAGCCUACUGAUGUAGGACUUACAUCAAGGUUUAAUUCAUGAAUUUGUUUUAUUUUCUUGUAAUAUUUUAACCGCGGAUAUUUUAGUUAUUAUUUAGGUUAUACAUUAUAAUUUGAUUUUAGUUAUUAAUUAGGUUACAAAAUUUAGAUUUUACUCAUUAUUUAGGAUAUACCUUAAGUAUGGUUCAUAUAUAAAACCCUAAGAACCAUUGUAGGAAGGGGAUUCUAUUAUCUUUGUAAGGGGAUUUUCAAUUUCAAUGUUCUCUUGGGCUUCUGCCCUUAAUAAAGCUUUAGUUUUAUUGGAUUUUUUGCA